UCCACGCCAUCUCCUCCUCCUCCAUGGCUCCGACGACCUCUCCAAGCUCCUCCUCCUCCUAGUCUCCUCCCGAGCCCACCAGCACCCAUGAUUCCCUGAGCUGCGUCUCCGAUGGUGAUGAGUGGCUGCUUGCUCUGCUUCCUCGGGGUUGCUGUGCGUUCUUGAUUUGGUGGUGGGUGGAGGAGGAGGAGGAGGCGGCGGCGAUGCCGGACUCGGACAACGACUCCGGCGGGCCGAGCAACGCGGGAGGGGAGCUGUCGUCGCCGCGGGAGCAGGACAGGUUUCUGCCGAUCGCGAACGUGAGCAGGAUCAUGAAGAAGGCGCUGCCGGCCAACGCCAAGAUCAGCAAGGACGCCAAGGAGACGGUGCAGGAGUGCGUCUCGGAGUUCAUCUCCUUCAUCACCGGCGAGGCCUCCGACAAGUGCCAGCGGGAGAAGCGCAAGACCAUCAACGGCGACGACCUGCUCUGGGCCAUGACCACCCUCGGCUUCGAGGAUUACGUCGAGCCGCUCAAGCACUACCUCCACAAGUUCCGCGAGAUCGAGGGCGAGCGGGCCGCCGCCUCCACCGGCGGCAGCGGCGGCGCCUCCACCACGCAGCAGCAGGCCGACAACAUGCAGAGAGCCGCCAAUGCCGGCGGCUACGCCGGCUACGGCGGCCCGGGACCCGGCCCCGCCGGCAUGAUGAUGAUGAUGGGCCAGCCCAUGUACGGCUCGCCGCCGCCGCCGCCACAGCAACAGCAACAGCAACAACAGCAGCAGCAUCACAUGGCAAUGGGAGGCAGAGGCGGCUUCGGUCAUCAUCCCGGCGGCGGCAGUGGCGGCGACGGCGGCGGGUCGUCGUCGUCGGGGCUGGGUCGGCAAGACAGAGCUUGACACGACACGACACGAGUCUCCAUGCACACCGCCUCGUACAGUAAUCAGCGAUUCAGCAGCUGUUCAUUUCCAUUACUAGUUUGACUUAAGCUUGCAAAUUUGCUAAUCUGCACCCUGAGGUUUUUUUUGCCAGCGAUUCAACAUGGUCAGAGGCUAAAUUUAUCUGUUAAUUACUGAUGAAUUAUUUGUUCUCCAUUGAUUGUCAUGAAAAUGUUUGGAAAGCAUGAACUUUCCAUGCUACUCCAGGCAAGAGGAAAAGAGAAGAAAAAAAUCUACAUUAUUUC